UGUAGUUCCAACGCGCGCGCGGCGUUUGAUUGUAGUAGGCUGCACAGUUGAGCUUCGGCUGCUAGGUGUGCUUCAGUUCCUUCUGCGUUCAGAUCUUUUCAGAGGAAUACAAACCCCACCAAUAGGAAAAUAGUGAUUGGUAUGAAGAUAUGCCGAAAGAGAUCGUUGCUCCAAUCCAGCUAUGUGGAAAAAAUAUCUGGGGAUGGAAAAUUAAGCACAAAGCCGGAGAAAAAUACAGAAUCUACCCAAGAUGUUGGGAAAAAGAAGAAAAGGAAAAGCAUAGCAAAGAAAGAUGGAACCUGGUUGGUGACUUGUGAAAACAAAGAGGGAGUGAUGGAUUUAAAGAAGCUUGAAAGAGGUGAGAAUUGUAUUGAGUGUGAGGGCCUGUGGUUUACCCCACCUGCCUUUGAGGAUCUAGCAGGAAAGGGUUCCUGUAAAAAAUGGAAGAGAACAAUUUUCCAUGAAGGAAGGCCUCUGGGACACUUUUUUUCUGAAGGUAUCCUUUCAACGGUUGGAUAUCUAAGACGAAGAUCUGAGCCUAUGAGGCAGAAGGUGGAGGUGCCAUUGAGAAAAGACAGAAGGAAGUCAACAAACGCUGUCACAUUCCAGGGAACUAGAAGCAGAAAGUACAGAUCCUUCAACUCAGUGACCCAAAUAAAAGUUUCCUCAGAGAUGACGGACAUAAAGUCUACAGAGGAUCCUGACAUGAGUACUGCUAAAGGCUCUGAUGCGUUGGAUAAUGGACACAGAAGUAAUUUAGAUGGAGAACAAGAGCCAAAACAAAGAAAAACUACUGAGGAGGAUGUGCUUUCAGCUCCAGAGUCCGCAAAAGACCACAACACUACAGAAGAAAGGUGCUAUGACCCCGACAACACUACAGCUGAGAAACGGAUGAAGAUGAAAUCACAGCUAAUCAUAAAAAGGCUCUCUAUGAAGAGAACAUAUAAGACAAGAGGGCGACCAAAAGACAGUUGGUGUGAGCCUUUGGACAAUAACACAGAGAACAAUGACCCUAAAGACGCAACAGAAGCUGUAGGGAAAAGAAAUGCAAAGGAGUUGAACGGCAAAGAUGACAACCUCACAGCUCCCCCUGAGGAGGUGACCGUAACCAGUGAUCAUGAAGACAGGACUGAGCUGCCUGCUGCACCCCUAAAUCUGACACUUUGUGUUAACGACGAUGACUCUGAUAAAGCCGAAUCCGAGAAUGGAGAAACAGAAUUGGAAGGAUUAGGGACAAGCAUCCAACUCUCAAAUGGAUUUCAUGCCUCUGAAAUUGAGACCAAAACUACAGCGGUCUCUGGAGGAUCAGAUGUGGAUUCACUGGAUCUGGAUCAACUGAAGAAGGAAAAAAUAAAAAUGCAGCUGAAGGUUUUAAGAUUGCAAGAGGAGUAUUACACGUUGAUGCUAAAGGACUUAAAAACAAAAGAUCUGAACUGCUCAAAUGAGAACUGAUUUUCUGACUACAACUAGGAUCAGUAGAGCUACAACGAGUAUUUGAAGAAAUUAGUCAUACUGACACAUCGAUUUAGUUGAUGUAAAUUUUAAAUUCAAAAUGUGAAUUUUUAUGUUUUUUUAAAACUUUUCCAUUUUAAAUGUGUUUAAGAUUGAAGACCACUUGUUUUUCAGAGACCAAAGUAAUGGUUUCAAAGUGUCCAGCUUAUAAUACAGUUCAUAAAGUGCAGCUUUGUAUGGUGAUUUAUACAAUGAUGUGGAAGUAGUCAAAAAAAUAGAAAAACCCAUCAAACCGGCACUCCACAAUGAUAUUUUAAAGUAUUCUUCUACGUGUCCAGUUGAACCCGUUACUGGUGAAUGUUGUUAUAUAAGCUAAUUCAUAGCUAGAUUUGUCUCCUAGCAUUUAUUUUGUUUACUUCUUUGGUUCAGCAUGGUAACUCUGAUACUGCUAAUCUGUUUUUGUUUUACUAAAAACGAUUUAGGUGUUUUACUGUAAUACAGUUCUCAAAAGGUUAUACACUGUUCAUCAUAACAGAUACAGAUGUAACUUGUUCACAUUCAAACAUGAUUUUCUCCAUAAUUUGUUGCCUUUUAUCAAUGAUGGAGAGAAAAAUAGAAAUCCAUAAGAUAACGAGGCACCUGCUUACCUGCAAUAAGCUCAGUUCAAACCAAACUUUUAACAGUGUUAGCAUGAUUUUAUUUUAUGUUUUCUUCUGUGGUAGCUGCAAGAGCAGUGUGCAAUCCUAAAAAAUGUAGCUUUUAUCUAUUUUUUUAUUUUGUGUCAGGGUUUUUGUAAAGUUUCUAAACGUUGUACAUGUAAAGCUGUGCAUGACCCUCAGAGGGUUUCUCUCAUUACUUUAACCAUGUUGGAUGCAUCAAUCGGUUUGUUUUCAGUUUAUUUUUAAUGUGAACUAAAUCACUUUGAAAAAGUGAACAGCCAGAGUUUUUCUGUUGGUGCUUUCCAUCCAUUGUGCUAAGCAUUUAUUAAAACA